AUGAUGGGUAUAUUGUAUGAAAAGAGGCCUUUAAAAAGGCCCAGACUCGGGCCACCUGAUGUUUACCCCCAGGAACCCAAGCAAAAAGAAGAUGAGCUGACAUCAAUAAAUGUGAAACAUGGGUUCGCGACAAUGCCCCAGCUCUCGGAUGAAUUCGGGACCGCCAGAAAUUGCAAUGUAACAUCAGCUAAAGUCGGAGCUUACUUUAACGCGAUAAUGGCUAAAAAAGAAGAACUAGCGACGAUGCCAGACGGUGUUAAGAAAAAACCGCUAGUAAACGUUAAAGAUAACUUCUGGCUUGUAACUGCCAGGAGUAGAAACUCCUUAGAAGCUUGGUUCAAAGAUCUCUCUGGGUGUAAGCCUCUGGUUGCUCUGGCGAAGAAAGCUCCUAAUUUCAACAAAAAGGAAGAAAUAUUUAUUAUGCUUUGUGAGUAUCAAGUUCCAAUGUUGAGAGCCGCUUGGUUUAUCAAGUUAAGUUCUGCUUACACUGUUGCGGUGUCUGAAAAUAAAAUAAAGAAACAGUGGACGGGUACUUUGAUAAAAUUUUUAAGAGAUCAGUUAUCAAAGCUCCAAGACUACUAUCACAUAGGUAAUCAAGCCAGCGGUCAUAGUACUCCUGGUAUCAACGGAACAUGCAACCCCUCGUCGUCUUCUAUAACCAACAACUCAGCAAUUAUGAACAGUAAUAAUAACAUCAAUGGAAUGAAUUCUCUACUGGCUUUGACGCCAAAUCACACAAAUGUAUCAAUGACUGAAGAGCACAAGUUAGCUUUGAAGCAGUGGCACUACAGCAUUCAAUUAGCGAAAUAUAUGUUUGAAGAAGGUUUAUUAGACAGACACGAAUUGCUUCAAUGGAUUUUAGAAUUAUUAGAUAAAAUGCGGUUUAAUCCAUCCGACGACGGAAUAUUGAAACUGUUGCUACCACUAGCGCUCCAAUAUCUUGAAGAAUUUGUCCAGUCUGAAUUAUUAGCAAGAAGAUUAGCGUACUUGUGUUGUAGAAAAUUAGCGCAAAUGCUGAGUAACGUCGACAUUAAUACCCCAGCAAGCCCACCGGUUUUACCAACAGUAAAAGUAGAGCUUACAAAUGGAAAAGAAGUCCCAGCAUCAACAACAUCCGCACCAACUGCAUCAACAGGCGGAGCUGCAACUUCUACAAGUCAGCCAACCGUUCAACCAAUAUCAAAUGCCCUGACAGCAGCAUUCAAUGAUUAUCUAAACUGUCCUCAUCAUAAAGACGUGAUACUUUGCUUGUCAGCCAUAGUUCAAGUGAUAACGCUCGAGUGUCCAACAGCCUUGGUCUGGAACAGCGUCGGAGAAGGAAAAUCUCCCUCUGUAUUAAAUGGCUCUCCUUUGGAUUAUCUUCCUUGUCCCCCAGCAGCGUUACCAUGUCCACCAGCAAGCGCAGCGAAUCCUACGAUGGCUAAAUUAAAACUUGCCCAGGAAAAUAUUAGAGCUAGGUCACAAGCUGCUGAAGGUCGUUGGUCUUGCGACAAAUGGCAGCAAAGCAGCGCUGGAAUGACAACAACAAAAGUUUUAUCUGCCCUGGACGCUUUAGAUCGUCAUAAAUUUGAUAAAAUGGAUGUUAAUAAUUCGCUGGACACUCUCUACGUUAAAAUAUUUACCCCUCCGGUAAAAGAAACUACAAAUGAGAGAGAAGCAUCCAAGACUGAGUACACACCUCAACAAGAUUCCGCGGUUGUUGAUAUUUUGUGUCAAUGGGCUGUAAGUGCCGAGCGUUGGGGCGAGCAUCGAGCGAUGGCUGUGGCUAAGUUGUUAGAAAAGCGACAAGCUGAAGUCACCGGCGAGAGUAAUGACAACGAUGACAAAGACAGCAUCUGCAGCAAUGGUACUCCGCCGAGUCUUCCGAUAUUUCAACCUUUGUUGAUGAAAUUCCUCGACACUGAUGCUCCAAUUCAGGAUAACUCAACUCCUCAAACUAAAGCACAGUUUACUAAUCUUGUGCAUUUAUUUUCUGAGCUCAUUAGACACGAUGUUUUCUCUCACGACGCGUAUAUGUGUACAUUAAUAUCCCGCGGGGAUUUAAUUCAGGGUCCGGCUGCAAGCAAACCAGGUACUCCGAGCAACAGAGAGCCCAUGGACGAGGAUAGUUUAUUUCCCGGCAUUGACUUGAAACCAACCAAGCUGGAUCCAGAUCAUGGAAGAGCCAUGGAUUACGACGACAGUAAAAUCGAUGAUGACUUGGAUAAGCUGCUCCAACACAUCAAAGAGGAUCAGCAAAACAGCAUGGAUGCCCCAGAUAGUCCUAAAGAUGACGCCCUGGGUGGUCACGGUCCUGAAGGGCUUGAUUCUAGACCGCCAACCAGUCCCAGUCGACAUCUUCUGUACACCACGCACUUUCCUCUGCCGCAAGACGAGUCUUCUAGCCAGCAUGACUGUAAUCAACGACAUGUGCUGCUGUAUGGAGUCGGUCGCGUUCGGGACGACGCGAGACAUGUUGUAAAGAAAAUGACUAAAGAAGUUUGCAAGCUGUUCGGGAAGAAAUUUAGCAUCGACGUAGCAGAGGGUGGCAAAGUUAAAAAGCAUUCACGAAACGAGUUUAAUUUUGAAGCUGUUACCCAGAAAUUUCAAAAUCUCAGUUACUUUGAUCAGCACGUUGUAACCUGGCAGUGCGCGACCCAAGUUAUAGAAAUGUUAAAUGGUUUUUCAAUCAACGGCUCUUACCUUCCAGUUCAAGAACAUGUGGCUUUUCUCUUUGAUCUAAUGGAGCUUGCGCUUAAUAUUUACGGACUGAUAGACGUGUGUAUUCAAAUUUUAAAAGAACUUCCGGAGGUCGAGACUCAAUUGGCUGUAAGAAACAGCCAACUAGUCAGAAGCUACACUACCAGUCUCAGCCUUUACGUCGUUGGAGUCCUCAGAAGAUAUCAUUACUGCCUUCUACUCUCGCCUGAUCAGACAAUAUCAGUGUUUGAUCUACUCUGCAAGGUGGUGAAACACGUCUCCAAUCCAAGUGACUGCAGUUCAGCUGAACGUUGUAUCCUCGCGCAUCUUUACGACCUCUACUCGUCUUGUUUUCUUCUUAAAAUAAAACCUCACGGUGUGGAAGCAUUCAGCAACGCUUACCCAAAAAUAAAGGCCGUGAUGUUCAACAACAAUCAGACGCUUAUCACGUCAAAUCACCCUUACAAUCCUCAGUACAUGGUCGAAAUCUUGAAUAACCCUCGAAGAGGAGGUAAAAUAGAGCCACAGUGGGCUAGAUCUCUCAACGAAUCGCCAGCGAAUAGAUACAGCUUUGUGUGCAACGCUAUCGUCGCAGUUUGCAACGAAACGGACAAUGACAAAUUAAACGACAUCGCGAUUACUUGCGCAGAACUCACUGCAUGCUGCAAUGCACUAACUGUAGAAUGGCUGGGAGCUCUAGCUGGUCUUUGUUUGCUAACAGACGGGCUUCAGUCUUACAUUGACUUGCUGAAUCAGGUUAACAUCCAAGACUUGAGCAUCCACAACCCGCUCGCCGUCUUCACCUCAAUAAUGAUAGCCCGGCAUUGUUUAUCUCUUGAAGACUUUGUGCGACUCAUCGCCUUGCCGUCUUUGGUACACGCUUGCAAUCCUUCCAGAGGUGACAGCGACACCGAAGCUGAAUCCCGAGGAAGAUUGACGUCUCACUUGCUUCUUCGGCUCUUCAAAACAGUAGAGUGUCCUCAGCCAGCUUUGUACUCAGUAAGUACAAGCCCGCAUCCAAUUCCUGCUGGAAAUCAGCGAGGCUACAGCAUAAAACUCAGCUGUGAUCGUCAUUUAUUAGCUGCUGCGCACAAUAACAUCCCGGUGGGUCCAGUUCUUGCGGUUUUGAAAGCAAUACUGGUUGUUGGAGAUGCUACUGCUGGAAAACAGCCGCCUAAGAAGCCAGAUGUACCGACAGUACACUCAGGCAAAGGCACCGGUCCAGCAAGUGUCGGUGGAAGUGCUGGAGAAUUGUCUAUAAGCCAUAUUUUAGGCACCAGUGACAUUCUAGGUGGUGGAGAUGAUCUAGGAUUGGAUUUAGCCAUGUCCUCGUCCAACAGCAGCGCCGGACUGUUGUCAGAAAACGUUAAAGGGCUUUCAGAAUUUGCCCAGCAUGUUCUCAGGCAAAUUUGCAGUCAAGAGUGGGUUUUAGAAAGAUGUUUGCAAAGCCCUGAAGAACUUUGCUGCCCUGAUAUGCUGCUUGAUAAUAUGCUGACUGCCAGACAAGCUCAGCGAUUGCUUCACAUGAUAUGCUAUCCAGACACUCCGCCGGAUGCUCUUCUAGACCAACGAACGCAUAUCACGAAUAUAUUAGAAAAUUUGGAGCAGUGGAGCUUGAGGAUGUCCUGGCUGGAUCUUCAAUUGAUGUACAAGCAGUUCACUCCCGGGUCUAGUGAUCUGUCACUGUGGCUGGAUAUUGUCGCUAAAGCUGCAAUAGACGUUUUUCAGUUGAACACUCUGACUAAUAAAACUGAAAAAAGGUCGGGCUCUAUCUGGUUGGUCGCCCCUUUGGUGUCAAAAUUAUCAAGUGCGGUUCAAGGCAGAGUUCUCAAGGUAGCGGGACAAGUACUGGAAUCGGGAAAUUGGUCCAAAACGGCUGGACGUGAGAGAGGAAGACUUAAAUCACCUUCGCUGUUCAAUCAUCAGCCGUUUUUGUCACUCGUUCUCACCUGUCUAAAAGGGCAAGACGAUCAACGAGAAGGUUUGCUUACUUCUCUCCAUUCUCAGCUUUCGCAAUUUUUAAAUACAAGCAAGGAAGAAAAAAAUGUCGCUUUGGAAGAUCCUAAGACACGUGAAGUACUUCAGGAUGCUUUACAAUUAAGGUUUAGUUUAGUAGGCGGAGUGUUUGAUACGAUACAGAGAAACACUACUGUCACUACGGACUGGGCUAUUUUGUUGGUCCAAUUGGUGUGUCAUGGAGUCAUUGAUAUGAAUAAUAACUCGGAAUUAUUUACUACAGUUAUAGAUAUGCUUGCGACGCUCAUACAUUCCACCCUGGUAUCAGAUUCCCAGUCAGAGAAGGACGAGAACAAGAAACAUUAUCAGAAUCUUAUGAAAAAACUCAAGAAAGAACUUGGAGAAAAAAAUUCUCCGAGUAUCCAAUACGUAAGACAAUUAUUGCCUUUGCCUAAACUUACAAUGGAGGUGAUAACUUGUCAGCCCAUUGGCUGCUUGACGGACACCAAGGGGAAUAAAAUCGCGGGUUUUGAUAGUAUUGAUAAAAAGCAAGGACUUCAGGUUGGUGACGCUCAGAAAAUCACUGCAUGGGAGUUAUUGGAAGGACACAGAAAUCCAGCUCCACUUUCCUGGGCUUGGUUCCGAGCUGUAAAAAUGGAAAGAAAGCCCUUGACGUACCAGAAUGCCCAUAAACUACUGCGGUAUCAUAAUCACAGUCAAUUGAGGCCAGCGAGUCACUUUUUGGAGCCACCACCACUGCCUCCGGAGGAUUUGGAGCCGGAUAAGAAAGAAAUCGAGCCAGGAAAAGCAGAUACUCCGAUGAGUGUUGACUCGCCGAGCAGAUUAGGACCUGGCAGUGUUGGACCGGGUCUUGCUAUUGGCGCGGGUAAAGGAAAAGCGAUGAAAGUCACGCGAAGACAUCGAAGAAACAAGGGAUCAGUGACUCCCACUGCUCCUGUUACUCAGCAAAUGCAGCCUGGCCCGCCACCGAUGCAGCAGAUGACCUACGUUAAUCAGCAACCGCAAGUUUCUCAGCAACCGGGAAUGUUCCCUGGGCAGGCGCCACAACCUCAACAGCAGUGGUACCCGAAUCAACAGGGUCCUGCACCUCCUCAGCAGUACGGUUAUGGUCAGCAGGUACCUCCAGCCCAGGUUGGUGGUCCUCGCUACGAACGCCCGAGUAUAAAUCCGUCUAAACAAGCGCUGUCGAAUAUGCUGCGCUUGCGGUUACCUGCUAAUCAGUUUAUGGGCAAUCAGCAACAACCGGCUGCGCCUGUAGCUGGACCCAAUGCUUUCCAAGGAAUGCAGAGGAACCAAUUUGUCAGGCAUCAGUUGAGAGCUCAGCAAGGUGGCCCGGGAAUGAAUCCACAACAGACCGGUGUUGGGCCUCGACCACCGUAUUUGCAAGCUCCUAAUGUUACGAUGAAUACUAUGGGCCCGAUGGGUGGCGGAGUUCAGAAUCAGCCCGCUCCUCCUUACAGACAAGCUGGAGGUAAACCUACAGCUGUUGGUGUGGGCACUUCUGCUCUAGCCAUGCAGCCUAAUCCUCAAUAUCAGCAACAAGUUCAACAACAAACAGGUAACGGAGGUCAACAACAGACACCUCAAUUGGUCGCUCAUUUACAAAGACAUCAACAACCUCAACAUCCUUAUCAGCAUCAACAACCGCCGUAUUGA